AUGCCCACCAUUCCCGCCUGGUCUAGCGCCAUACAGCAUUUGCGCGCUGGUCAGUCCAUCAAGAUCAUCAACACAAGCGGAGGUCAAGUCAUCGACACCUAG